AUGAAGGAAUCCAGCCUGUACCGGUUCAAGGACAUCAAGCCGGUGGUGAACGCGAAGGAGUUGGUGGACGUGGUGCUCUCCAGGACGCAGAGGAAAACGCCCACGGAAAUCCAUAAGGGAUUUAAAAUAACGAGGAUAAGGAACUUUUACAUGAGGAAGGUGAAAAUGUGCCAGGAGCUCUUCCGAGAAAAGUUACAAACCAUAAUAAAUGACUUCCCCAAGUUGGACGAUAUACAUCCUUUUUAUUCUGAUCUGGCCAAUAUCCUAUACGACAGGGACCACUACAAGUUAGCCUUGGGACAAUGUAGCUAUGCAGUGAAGUCGGUAAAACGCAUCUGUCAGGAUUAUAUUAAAUUGUUAAAGUUCAGUUCUUCUCUGUACAAAUGCAAGAUGCUAAAAAUUAGUGCGCUCGGACGUAUGUGCAAAAUGGUGAAGAAGUUACAACCCAGUUUAGUUUACUUAGAAGAAGUGAGACAGAACUUAACCCGGCUCCCAUCCAUAAACCCUCAUAAGAAAACCAUCCUCUUAGCUGGUGCACCCAAUGUAGGAAAGUCCUCCUUCAUUAAUAUCGUCUCUAGAGCAAAUGUAGAGGUGCAACCAUAUUCCUUUACGACGACAAAUUUAUACGUAGGUCAUUUCGACCAUAAGUUGAAUAGGUUCCAAGUUAUCGACACGCCAGGAUUGCUAGAUCGAUCUCUAGAAAAUAGAAACACCAUAGAAAUGACCACCAUCACUGCGUUAGCGCACAUUAACGGAGUUAUCCUUUUUAUUAUAGAUAUUAGUGAAGAAUGUGGGAUGUCCAUUAAGGAGCAGGUUAAUCUUUUUCACUCUAUUAGAACUCUCUUUCGGAACAAGUCUGUUGUCAUUGGGUUUAACAAAAUUGACAAAACGAAUUUGGACAGUCUCUCUGUGGAUAAUAAAAUGCUCAUAAAACAAAUUAUCGACGAUGCUAAGGUGCCCGUGAAGUUUUGUUCCUUCAGUACACUGACCGGGGUCGGUGUGGAGGAAGCAAAGGAGGUUGCUUGUGAUAUGCUGAAAAGUGACCAGGCUGCCGAAUUUCAACUGGAUCGAGAAAAUCUACUCAAUGCAAAGUUGGGUGAGCGCAGGGUCAACCAGGAACGGGCGCCCUUCAUUCCGGAGUCAGUCAUAAGGGAGAGGCAGGAGAGGAAAGAGCGGGAAGAACGGGAGAAAGCAGCGAAGGAUGAGGAAGCAAUGCAGGGUAACAAGGCAGACGCCGAGAAUACGGCUGAUGCAGAUGGAAACACCCUUGCUGAACAGACCGUCCCCCUCACCAUGCGCGAAGCAAAGCUGAAAAAGAAAAAUAAAUCCAGGCAGAGCUACCUGAGCAACCGCAAGGAUGACCGAGUCUUGCAAAUCGACCUGCAAAACGAACGCGGAGGCGCAGGGGUCUACUCCGUCGACGUGAGAAGCGUGUACGACAUAAAGGAGGAGCACAAAUAUGAUGUAAUCCCCGAAAUAUACAACGGAAAAAAUAUCAGCGAUUUUGUCGACUUGGAUAUAGAACAGAAGUUACUCGAGUUGGAAAAGGAAGAACAGGAACUGUUCGAUCAAGACGCAGAGAUCGACCCCAUGUGGUUUAAAACGAAAAAAAUUUUGGAGCGCAUGGCCCUCCGACUGAAGGGACUGAAACUCAGUGCCAAAUUGAAUGAAGAGAAGCAACCACUGUAUCACAAGAAAAACAAAACAAUUGACGAGAUGGGCAAAAAAUUGGAUACCCUCAAAUUGGACAAGGAGAAGGUACUCAAAAGUAUGACCGAGCGGGCCAGAAGAAAGGGCACACUAAACGGAACCGCCAAGAAUAAUGGUUCCUCCAAGGGAUCUGCAAAGAGCCUCCUCAACGCGCAGAAGGUGAAAAAGGACAUUUGCAAGAAGAAACAAAUUAAGGAUAACAUGUAUGGAGACCCAACGAAGAAGUCCAAGAUUUUCCAGAGCACAUCGACCGAGUUGCAGAGGAGAAAGGCAUACAAACUGAACAAAGCUGCGUACAGGAAAAUCGAAAAGGGAACAAAGGGCGAAGCGGACCGCUCCAUCCCGGCGAAGAAGCCGCGACAUUUGUUUUCGGGAAAGAGGUCCAUAGGUAAAACCUCCAGGCGCUAA